AGGCGGGCCCAUCCGAAGCAGGAGUUCCCUCUAGCUGUGGAUGGAGGAUUAAUGGUGGGGUCUGACUGACUGUCGAAUUAUGCGAACGGCGAUAUUGUUGAGUUUCGAGACCUGAACUGUGCAUGAACGUGGGAAAGUUUAAGAUAAGGCAGCCGGCGAUAUUUGUGGAAGGGGUCGGGGAGUAGCGGGGACUGCAAGCAGAGGCAGAAAAUAAGGUUGUGUCGCGUAAUAAGGAGGAAAGUCGAAGGCCUUGGAGGUGGAGGUGGCGGUUGAGGGGGGACUGGCAAAGCGAGGCUGGGAGCGAAGGUAGCCGACCGCUAGGGCGAAGACCAAAGCCAGGCGUCUUGAGCUUAUUCCGACCCAUUCGGACUGAAACGGGGAGGAAGACGGGGGCCACUGCAAAUAAGCACACACCGUCGGCUAGCUAGCGCUUGUUCGCUAGCUAGCUAGCCACUACAGCCUGCUAGCCGAAGCGACUUGACUCGUUUCCUCGCUGAAGGAAGACUAGUCGGCUGGUCAGAGACGUAGUAAGAGUCAGCUCGUUAUGGUUAUGAGCAGCGCCAGCUAGUGCAGCCCGGCCUCUGGAAAUUGUAUGCUCUUUUAGGAACGAGGGUGCGAAAAGACCUCGAAAUUUUGUAAGGAAAACAGUCGAGUCAAGAGGAUCUUCCUACCUGGCCUGCAAUCAUGGGCAACGCGCCCACCGCCAAGAACAAGGGCAACGAGAUGGAGAGCGUGAAGGAGUUUCUUGCUAAAGCCAAAGAAGAUUUCCUCAAGAAAUGGGAGAAUCCAGCACAGAACACUGCGUCUCUGGACCAGUUCGAGAGGCUGAAGACGCUGGGCACAGGCUCCUUCGGCCGAGUCAUGCUAGUCAAGCACAAAGAAACAGGACAGCACUUUGCCAUGAAGAUUCUCGACAAACAGAAGGUGGUCAAGCUGAAACAGAUAGAACACACACUGAAUGAGAAACGCAUCCUGCAAGCAGUCAGCUUCCCCUUUCUCGUACGGUUGGAGCACUCCUUCAAGGACAAUACUAAUCUUUAUAUGGUAAUGGAGUACGUUCCUGGAGGGGAAAUGUUCUCUCACUUGAGAAGAAUCGGCAGGUUCAGUGAGCCCCAUGCUCGCUUCUAUGCUGCCCAGAUAGUUCUGACCUUUGAAUACCUUCACUCGCUUGACCUCAUCUACCGAGAUCUGAAGCCUGAGAACCUGCUGAUAGACCAGCAGGGCUAUAUACAGGUAACAGAUUUUGGAUUUGCCAAGCGUGUUAAGGGCCGGACCUGGACGCUGUGUGGCACUCCCGAGUACCUGGCACCAGAAAUUAUCCUCAGUAAAGGCUAUAAUAAAGCUGUGGACUGGUGGGCUCUUGGGGUCCUGAUUUAUGAGAUGGCUGCUGGUUAUCCUCCCUUCUUUGCUGAUCAGCCCAUUCAGAUCUAUGAGAAGAUUGUCUCAGGCAAGGUGCGCUUCCCCUCCCACUUCAGCUCGGACCUGAAGGACCUGCUGCGAAACCUGCUGCAGGUGGACCUGACUAAACGCUUCGGCAACCUCAAGAAUGGUGUCAACGACAUCAAGGGCCACAAGUGGUUUGCCACCACUGACUGGAUCGCCAUUUAUCAGAGAAAGGUGGAAGCCCCCUUCAUCCCCAAGUGUAAAGGACCUGGGGACACCAGCAACUUCGACGAUUACGAGGAAGAGGAAAUCCGAGUCUCGUUCACAGAAAAAUGCGGAAAGGAGUUUGCUGAGUUCUAGACCCAGCCAGGAGCAGUGGAGGGAGAGAGCGACGGAGUGGUGAAGACGAAGGGGGGCGGCAGAAAGAGAGAGAUGAUAGACUGGACUGAGCCUGUAUUCAGUAACAACAACAAUGAUGUAGACCCCCCCACACACAGAGAUGGAGAGAGGGAAAACA